UAAAGUCAUUUGUCAAAAGUCAAAACAUAAACAAUUAAAAGUCUGCUUUUAACAUUUACGAUAUUCCCCAUAACAUUCAAGUAAAUACUAAGGAAUCUAGCAUUCCUUUUUAAUUGAAACAAAGUGUUAAAAAAUCAGCAACCGUGGAUUCUAAAACGUUCAUAAAUUACAACACAGAAAUGAGUUUACCAACAGACUUCGGCCCGGAUUCAGGAGGCCGGGUGAAGGGUUUGGUAAUAGUAAAACCGAUCGUUUACGGCAACAUAGCAAGAUAUUUUGGCAAGAAACGCGAGGAAGAUGGUCACACGCAUCAAUGGACAGUUUACGUGAAGCCCUACGCGAAUGAAGAUAUGUCAGUAUACAUAAAAAAGAUCCAUUUCAAGUUACACGAAAGUUAUGCAAACCCCAAUAGAAUAGUUACUAAACCACCAUACGAGCUUACAGAAACGGGAUGGGGAGAGUUCGAAAUUGUAAUCAAAAUAUAUUUCCAUGACCCCAAUGAAAGACCAGUCACCUUAUAUCACAUUCUGAAGCUAUUCCAAUCCCCAGUGACAGAAGGUAUGCCACAGGUUGGCCGAGCUUUAGUGAGCGAGUCAUACGAAGAGAUUGUCUUCCAAGAGCCCACACAGUUGAUGCAACAUCUGCUUAACAAUGUUAAACCAAUAACUAACGGCCCUUGGAAUCAUGAUACAGAUUUUGAAGAGAAGAAAGAAAAGACAUUAGAAAAGAUUGUUGCAGCCCAAACAGUAGUAAGAAGUGAGAUUUCUGAAUUGAAAGAGAAACUUCAUCUUGCAAAAGAAACAAUUGCUAAGUUCAAAGAAGAAAUUGCCAAGAUACAAAACAAUCCUGCAUCAAAUUUAUUAUCAGUUGUUUGAUUAUUUUAAACCUUAAUAUAAUAUUUAUUCAAGUGACUUACACUCUAUGUAUACAAAUAUGAAUUGAUUAAUAUAAGAAAUAGGACGAAGAACAAAAGGAAUGCAACACACGCGAUUUCCCUGACGAUAUGGGCGACGCAGAUCAGUGAUCACUUACAUCAGGUGACGCAUCUACUCCGUUGUCUCCUGUCGGCCAAUGUUUUACAAAUGUAAUCUUAGCAUAAAAAUUGUUACCAAAAUUAGAAAGUUGAUAAAAGUGGAGUACAUGAUAAAGUAACAAUUCGAUAUAAAAUAAAGACGAAUAAAAAUUUUCUUCCAUUGACAG